UUUCUGAUGGAGUGGCCGAGAGUCGCGGGAGCUGGUCAGAGAAGCCAACCUGAUCAUUCCGUAGUUUUGUUGGGAGAGAGACAGAGACAGGAAAAGGGGGGAGCUUGAUACCAGCCCAAGGAGAAAAUGACCUGACAUGGGACGGUAGGCCCUUUCUGAUUGGGGAGCUGUUUUUGGAAAGGUGACCCUUUCCUGCCUCGCGUUGUCGCUCCUCCUGGCCUUGUGUGUGCGAGUUGGACCGGUUUAACCUCUCGGAGUUGGAUAGUAGCCUCUCCUCAUGGUGACAGAGCCACAGAGUCCAGCUCCAGUCCUAUGACUGUGACGCGCCUCGCCGAAGAAAGUGACAUUGACCUUUCAGUUCCACUGUCCCGCUUUUGAAGCUGCCAGGCGAUCGUAACUUUGAGGCGGUGACUCAUCCCCAUGCUAUCCACUCUCGCCUCCAAUGCUUAUUCUUAGGAGAUGAUUCUCCUGCCUGUUAAUACCGCAAGCGGGGAACCAGUCUGGUCCCUCCGCUCCGCGUUUGUUAGCACACAUUGAACUCCUUUUUAAAGAGUUAACAUACACAGAAAACGCUGGAGAAACUCUACGGAGUGAGGGAGAGACAGAGUUAACGUUUCGAGUCCAGUGUGACUUCUUCAGGACGAGAAGUUUAGUGAACGGUCUUCAAGUGAAACUUAUUUGGAAUUGUUGGUUUCUCUAUUUCGUGCCGUGUUUUCAAUAAAUGCAGAGAGUUAAAAAUCACCCAACACCAGCUUCUAGUCCAACAGGUUUAUUUGGAAGUACAAGCUUUCGGAGCACUGCUCCUUCAUCAGCGGGAAACCCAGCUUCCCUCUACGCAAUGUCCAAGCGAAGCUCCAAUGUCAAAUCUAUCCAGGCCAACAUCAAUAUCCCCAUGGGCGCCUUCCGGCCCGGCGCUGGACAUCCCAGCAAAAGAAAAGAGUGUACCUCACAACCUGAUGAGGGGACAUGCAUUAAAUCAGAGGAUAAAAAAGAACUGCCUGGAGCAGUGAAGUUACCAGGACCAGCCGUCAACCUCAAGCAGCUUCAGAAUGCCAAGAGUGAGCUGAAAUUUGUCCCCAAGUUUGAGUAAAAGUGAGUUGGGUUCAGAUUCAGAAAUGUCUAUAUCACUGACUUUCACUUUGAGCCAUCUCUGCUCCUGCAGAAUAGCAAUGGGCAUCUCCUAUGGCCCAACAAUUUAUACAAGUCUACCGGCAUUGUUAGAAUAAAUGAACCAAUUGUAUAAUGGUUGUAUAAUGAACCUUUGCUACUGAUACUUCUGUUACUGUAAAAUCAAUAUUUGCCUGCCAAUUGUACUGUUUUCUGAAAAAUGUAAGUAUAAAAUAUUGUAUUAUAAAGCAACUGAAAUGUAUUAAACCAUAAAUCUUAUAAAUUCAAAGCUUCACUGUUGGAUAAAUCACGUAUUAUUAGAACGCAUGGUGUUAAAUAAGUGAAUGUUUUAAUUAAAGAUGUUGAAAAAU